AUGCCAGUCACCGGAGGAGAAUCAGACCCAUAUCAAUGGGGAUUCGCUAUCUACCGGACUGUAUACACCCCACAGUCCGAUGAACUUUGGCCAUCGGUACUAGAAAAGCUAGAGGAGUAUAUGGAACUCAGUUGGAGUCCACUCGAGACGUAUUAUGAAUCGUAUCCAGACUCGUUAGAGAACACCAUUAUUUGGGACCGGGAAAAAUUCAACAAUGCCUCAAUUGAUGAUAUUCGAAAGGACUUUAGAAGAGAACUGCUCAUCCCAGAGAUGGGGGAUGAUGAAGUUCAAUAUGAAGAUGACGAGGAUACGGUGCUGCGAAAAGAGAAUCUUUUCUUGCAGAAGCAGGAAGAGCUUGAAGCGGAAUAUGGCGAAGAGUGCAGUCGUGGGGAGAUCUGCAAUGAAUUCUGUAUCAUGAUCGAUGAGGAAGUCUUUCAGUCCAUUUUGAACGCCCCCGAUCCUAAGGAAGUGACAAAAGUUCAUCCAAAUGGGAUUGUUGGAUAUGUAAAAGUCAUUACUACAUACAAGGAGGCACAAAGGGGCGAGUUCUGGCCUGGCUGGGGGAAGGCUGAUCUUCGGUGGUUCUGGUGGCUUUACAAUACGGACGAAUUGGAAAGAGAGUUUCAGAUGCCUGGUCGUGACAGCCCUGAAUUGGCCAGUUACAUCUACAAUGGAUGGUGA